AUGUCAGACUCAGACUCGGAAAUCACCGGCCUUCUCACAGAUCGAAGCAGACGGACAUCGAUCCUCGAUCAGCCCAUUGGUCUGUUUCGUGGCCCCAACUCUUUGCACAACUUUGCAUCAUCGUUCACCAGAGCGCAAUCGUUUGCUGCCCACAAGAUAGAUGCGCAGAUCCUGAAGAAGAGGUCGUUUUUUGCUGGCCCACAUGAUGAUGAUGAAAGUGGGUACGGUAGUACUGACGAUGAGCUCUUUGAUCCUGAGAUGAUGGCCCCUGCUCAACGAGGAGAGCGCUUGAGCACGGUACUCCAUGAAUUGCGUGGCACGGGUGGGUUUGGCGCCGCUGGGCCUUCGCCAUACAAUGAGGUUUUCUACCAGGACGACAUCAAUAGCCUUCUCCAGGCAUCAAGGUCUCGUCAUGGGUCUUUGUCUCAACAGGAUUUGGUUCCUCUCUCCAAACAAAGAAGUAAUGCUGCCCUCUCUUUUGCAUCUCAUAAGCUGACUCGCUCAUGGGCCACGACUACGUCAUACUUUGGCUUGAAGAAAAUCGAAGAUAAGGAUGGAAACCUCGUAACGGUCAUUGCUGGCCAAUCCACAGGGCCCCAGACCAUCUUGAACUCUGUCAAUUGUCUCAUAGGCGUCGGUUUGUUGGCAUUACCUGUUGGUUUAUCGAAGGGAGGAUUGGUUUUGGCAAUUCCCAUCUUGCUCUUAUGCUGCGGAACUACGUGUUGGACAGCAACGUUGAUAUCUAAGUCCAUGGAUACCGACCAGACAUUGAUGACGUACGCAGAUCUUGGAUAUGCGUCAUAUGGCUCAACAGCAAAGCUUCUUAUUUCAUUCAUAUUCAUAAUUGACUUGCUCGGAAGUGGUGUCUCUUUGAUACUUCUAUUCAGCGAUUCGUUGUAUUCUAUUUUGGGCAACGACGCGAUAGGUUGGACAAAAACAAGCUUCAAGCUCGUUGCGUUAGUGGUACUUACCCCAUUUACUUUUAUGCCACUCCCUAUCUUGUCCAUCUUUCUGUUGUUCGGCAUCAUGUCAACAUUCUCCAUAAUCGUACUUGUUGCUCUUUGCGGCUUUCUCAAAGACGCUUCCCCGGGCUCCUUGAUUCAUGUUAUGCCCACAAACUUGUGGCCCAGAUCCGUGCCAGACGUUUUUUUGUCGAUCGGUAUCAUCAUGGCACCCUUCGGCGGGCAUGCGAUAUUUCCUAACUUGAAGCUGGACAUGAGGCACCCCCACAAAUUCACAAAGACCUUGAUGACAACUUACACUAUUACAUGUAUCGCAGACUCUUCGAUGGCUAUCAUAGGAUUCUUGAUGUUUGGAAAGCUCUGCAAGAAUGAGGUAACAAGUAACCUCCUCGACACAGCGGGUUACCCAAGUUGGGUGUAUCCUCUCAUUAGCGGGCUAAUUUGCUUGAUUCCUUUGGCAAAAACCCCACUCAAUGCAAGGCCAAUAAUAUCCAUUUUAGAUGAGGUGUUCAGACUCAAUAAUUUGAAAGAGGGGGAAUCCCUAAUCUGGAGUUAUGGAAAGAGCUUACUCAGAUUACUUGUCAGGAUUGGAGUGAAUGUGGCUUUUGUCAUCCUCGCCAUCUUGAUGCCAGAAUUUGACAGGAUUAUCGGCAUGUUGGGAUCAUCCAUUUGCUUCCUUGUUUGCGUGAUCUUGCCUUGCUUAUUCUACUUAAAAUUGUGCAAGCAUAAGAUUCGUCCAGUGGAACGACUCUUUAUUCGCUUCGUCAUAUUUUUUUCUUCAAUAAUUGCUCUAACAUCGACUUACGUGACCAUUGCUCACUAA